AUGUUCAAUAUCCUCAUCGUCGUCUUCUUCAUCCAAAUCAGCAUCAACACGAAUGCGUCCAUGUACUCGCAUGCCGUCAGCGCCGUGUCUGAACAUCAUGGUGUCAGCGAACAAGCAGCUCGCGUCCCACAGGCAGCGUUUUUGAUCGCCUAUGGUAUCGGUUGCGAACUUUGGGCUCCCUGGUCAGAAGAGUAUGGACGAUGGCCCAUCCAGCAACUCAGUCUGUUCCUUGUCAACCUCUGGCAAAUACCAGCCGCUUUGUCGAAGAACUAUGCGACAUAUGUGGUGGUCCGGACGCUUGGAGGCUUAUCAACGGCUGGCGGCUCGGUCACGCUUGGUGUACUCGCCGACAUGUGGGAGCCGGAUGAACAAGAGUUUGCUGUCGCAUUCCUAGUGCUAUCAUCUGUGGGCGGGUCCGUUGUUGGUGCGAUCAUCGGAGCGUUCGUAGAAAGGUGA